GCCCGAUUGUAAACAACAUGGAAGGAGCAGAAACAGCGGUGGAUCCUGUAACUGCGUUUCAAACCUAUGAAGACUUCUUAGAUUCUCAGAUCACACAAACAGAUCUCUAUUACCUCGAGGAUGAGGAGCUGGCCCGCCAGCUGGUGGAGCUGGGCUACAGGGGCAGCGGGCAGGUCCUGACCAGGGAGGAAUUCGAGAGCAGGAGGGCAGCAGCCGAGGCCUCGGCACUCUCCAGGAGGAGCCAGAAAAAGACCCUGGCAAGUGCAGGAAAAGACCUCAAAGACGACUUCCUGAGAGCGCUGGCCGGCCGCGAGGAGGACAACCGCAGCGGGAAAAUGAACUCCAUCAUUUUCAUAAGGGACCACAAUUCUCUUGGACAGGAAAUAUCUGGGUAUAUAGACUACUCCCACAGACUCGGUUCUGAGGACUUUGAACCGUAUUUCAGCGGAAAGAAAAGGCUUCUGCCAAGGCCGACGGACUUAAGCUUCUACAACUGGAGGACGCAAGUGUCAGCCUCGAACGACAGUGCAAACUACCAGGUCAUUGCUGAGAACACAACUGGUUUACUCUUUAAGAACAAAAGAGAUCAGAAAAUCAUUAACGUUGACCCAACGGCGUCACCAGGCGACAACUCCUCCAGAAGUGCCCCUCAGUCGGAUCUCUACGUCCAUGUCGUUAUCUUCGACCACAAAACCAGGAAAGCCUAAACCACUGCUCGAGCCCCCACACUGCAAUUAAAGCCUAAGAGGCGGCCUCUAAUUUUACACUAAUAAAAAAAAAAAAGCUUUAGAACA